CCCGAUUGUAAAUUUCUCUACCAAGUGAUUCAUCAGUCGUUUUCAACGAAAACAGUAAACGUAGAACCACCCUGAUUAAUCAACAAGAUAAUUUGGUUGUAUUUGCGUUCGGCGAUUUAACAAAAUUCGUAACAGUCAAGGGCAAGAACAGCGUACGGAGUGCUUUGGAGCUUCAGCACACUCUCUCCACCAUGUCACUAAAUGCAGACAAAUGUUCCCCAGCACACUUUGAUGAUGCUCUCGAGCAGGUAGGAUUUGGCCGGGCACAGAUCGAAACGACGGCACUGUGCUGUCUGAUCGUUAUGGCAACCAUAGCGGAAACAAUGGGCAUUAGUGUUAUUCUACCGGCGGCCAAGUGCGACCUCGGUCUGACAGUUGGCGAUCAAGGCAUCCUAAGUGGUUCGACGUUUCUGGGGAUCGUGGCCGCGUCGUAUUUCUCCGGUUACCUGUCCGAUACGGUGGGACGGAAGAAGGUCAUGCAAUAUGCGUUGUAUGCAGCCGCGAUAUGUGCGGUGGCGUCCAGUUUCACCAAUGAUUUCGUUUCGUUGUUGGUAUUGCGAUUGCUGGCCGGUAUCUGCUCAUCGGCUCCUUCGGCUACGAUCUAUGCGUAUCUGGGAGAGUUAUGUUUACCCUCGAAGCGAGCCCAGGUCAUUGCAUUCACCAGUGUUUGGGCAAUGGGAACCAUGAUAUACAUUGCUCUUGUUGGCUGGUGGGUACUUUCGUACGACUGGAGUUGGAUGAUCACUUCGGACUACCACUACAGACCAUGGCGAUUGCUGUUCAUAGUGUAUACCCUACCGGGAUUGUUGGCAGCCUGUUUGUUCCGAUUUUGCCCAGAGAGCCCGAAGUUCUACCUAGCUCAAGGAAGGAUGGAUCACGCAUUGGACGUUUUGGAAUAUUGUUACCGAAAGAACAAUGGUUCGCUCGAGGGAUUUCAAAUUUCCGAAUUGAAAUCCGAGAAAGUGUCAUCAGAUCGAGAAGUCGGCAUUUGUAUUUCCCUAUGGCAGCAAACUGUUCCACUGUUUAAGUGGCCUUUGCUACUGUAUUUCACUGUCUGUUGCCUUCAGCAAAUCAGUUCUUUUGCUGUAUAUGGAGGAUUAGGUCUAUGGUAUCCGGAGCUGAUGAAUCAGGUCACCUUUUCCGAUACGGAUCUUACCAUAUGUUCUGUUCUUCAAACUAGACGCACAGAAAAUGUUUCCCGGGAUGUUCCCACCGAGGAAGAAUGCACGGCACACAUUAACACCGAAACGUUUAUCUACAUUUUAGUCAUGGGAGCUUACGGGGCCUUUUGUUCGCUCGUAGUUACGCUUUUAAUGCGUACAAUCAACCAACGGAUCAUGUUGGUAGUAACGUUUUGCGUGGCAGCCACUGCCGGUAUCAUACUGCAGUUCGUGACGAACCGCUACCUCAUUGCAGUGCUGUACUGCACCGAGGUGGUUGUCGGUGGCUUAUCAAUGGUGCUGGUGAAUAUCUCUUCGGUUUCGAUCUUCCCCACCAACGUUCGAGCGAUGUCCGUUUCGCUCAGCAUGAUGAUGGCUAGAUUGAGCAGUUUCACCUCCAGCAGUGUUGUCGGUUUUGUGCUGGCGGAAAACUGCGAGCUGACAAUGUAUGCUUUUUCCGCCAUUCUGAUCUUCGGAGCUUCGCUGACCGUCUUUUUGCCGAGGUAAAUCGGCAAAAUGCUAAGUUGCAGCAGUUCUGUUCUGUUCUGUUCAGUAUUCCACGUAGAGAUUUUUA